UUAUUUUACGGUCCAUGAGUACGUCAAAAGUUCAUAAGGUAUCAUGACAUCAUGUAUAGGUUAGUUAUUUUAUCGAUUUUCCUAUUACAAAAAUCUAGACCUAAGUUGUCCAUAUCCAUCAUUUUAAGUAAGUUUGUCAAUCUAAAUAUUUAAGGCCAGAGACAUGACAACCACUCACACUAUGCAUUAUAUAACAAAACCACCUUGUGAUCCUAAAAUAAUGACAUUUGGAGCAUUUCAUACAGAUCAUAUGUUAGAAGUUGAUUGGACAGAAAAAAUGGGGUAAUGAAAUAUAUUAUAUGUUAGAUGGUCACGUCCAUAGAUAAUUCCUUUCAAAAGUUUUUCAAUUCAUCCAUUUGCAGCAUGUUUGCAUUAUGCAAUUGAAUGUUUUGAAGGAGCAAAAGUAUUAAUAAAUAGUUAAUGAUUAGGCAUAUAAAGGUCCUAAUAAAUCUAUUCGUACAUUUAGAUUAGACUGUAAUAUGUACAGAAUGAAAUAAUCAGCAAAGAGAUUAUCAUUACCAGACUUUGAUGGGGCUGAAUUAUAAAAAUGCAUAGAGGGAUUAUUAAAAGUGGAUUAGGAUUGGAUACCUGACAGACCAGGAUUUAGUUGUUAUAUAAGACCAACAAUAAUAGCAACAGAAGAAGCUUUAGGAGUAAGAGCAUCAAGUAGAGCAAAAUUAUUUGUUGUUUUAUGUCCUGUAGGUCCAUAUUUUCCAUCUGGACUUAAACCUGUUAGAGUAUUUUGUAAUACAACAACUGUAAUUAUAUUAAUAAUAAUGAAUAUAGAUUCGUUCAGCUCCAGGUGGUGUAGGAGGAUAUAAAGUUGCAGGAAAUUAUGCACCAACUGUUAUGCCUUUGAAAGAAGUACAAUAAAUUGGAUUCCAUUAAAAUUUAUGGAUGUUACCAGAUGGAUUAGUAUAAGAAAUGGGAGUUUGUAAUUUAUUUUUCUUUUGGAAAAACAAAUAAGGGGAAAAAGAAUUAGUUACACCAUAACUUGAUGGUACCAUCUUACCAGGUAUUGUUAGAGAUUCUUUACUUGUAAAUUUUAUAUUUAUUCAAUUCAGGAAUUAACUCGAGAAAUGAAAUAAUUUAAAGUCAUUGAAAAGAAAUUGUAUAUAUAAGAAGUUAUUGAAGCUAUAAGUGAAGGAAGAGUAUAUAUGUAUUUUUAUAUCUAGAUGAUUGAAAUGUUUGGAUCUGGUACUGCUGUUAGUAUUCAACCAAUCGAAGCUAUUGGAUAUAAUGAUAAAAUCUAUGAAAUUAAGUAUGAUCCAAAAAUUAAUGCUGGAGAAUUGUCUCAACAAUUAUUUGAUAUGAUGACUGAAAUUCAGGUAUCUAAUUCCUCUUAUUUCUUUAGACUGGUGAUAAACCACAUAGAUGGAUUAAUGUUGUGUGAAUUAUUUAAUAAGUUUAUUAUUAUUAUGAAUAAGGAG